CUUCACCCGAUAUUCUUCAGUUCCCUUUUUACAUCUUCUUUUAGGUAUGUAGUUUGGGAGUGCGGGUUAUGUAUGGGUGGGUGGUGUGUGCGUAUUUAUUCGCUCUUCACUCGUUUUCCAUCUUUUCCUUUCCCUUUCCCAUACUCUCGCUCCUCUCUCGCUUUCCCGUCCUUUUUCACUUUCCCGUUCCCUUUUCCCAUUCCCUUCACCUUUCUUUUCUCUUGUUGUCCUCUCUCCUUUUCCCCUUCCCUUCUCCUCCUCCCCUUUCUUCCCUUAUUCUCCUUUCCUUUCUCCUCCUCUUUCCCUUUCCAUUAUUUCUCGCUCUUCCCUUUCCCAUCCCUCGCUUUUUUCUCCCUCCCCUCCCCUCCUGAUCAAUGUUGCUGCACCUCAACGGUGACAACAAGAUUUUAAAAGACCUGGCUAAGUCGGCAACAAUUUGUUCACUUUUAUUAAAUAUAUAUACUGUAUAUAUAUCUGAUUUUACAUUUA